CAUGGGGAGCCCCUAACACAACAUCAAUAUCAUGUUCCCUUGCUGAUGUAAUGAGUGAACAACUGGCAAAAGAACUGCAGCUGGAAGAAGAAAAUGCUGCUUUUCCUGAAGUGGUUGCUGUUGCUGAAGGACCAUUUAUUACAGGAGAAAAUGCUGACACUUCUAGUGACCUAAUGCUAGCUCAGAUGCUGCAGAUGGAGUUUGACAGGGAAUAUGAUGCACAGCUUCGGCGUGAAGAGAAGAAGAUCAAUGGAGAUAGCAAAGUCUCCAUAUCCUUUGAAAAUUAUCGGAAGGUGCAUCCCUAUGACAGUGACAGCUCAGAGGAUGAGGUUGACUGGCAGGAUACCCGUCAUGAUCCUUACAGAGCAGAUAAACCUACUACCACACCACGGAAGGGUUUCAUAGGAAAAGGAAAAGACAUUACUACUAAACACGACGAGGUGGUAUGUGGAAGAAAGAACACUGCUCGCAUGGAAAAUUUUGCGCCCGAAUUCCAAGUUGGGGAUGGAAUUGGGAUGGACUUAAAGCUGUCAAAUCAAGUCUUCAAUGCCUUAAAGCAACAUGCAUACUCUGAGGAACGUCGAAGUGCAAGGCUCCACGAAAAGAAGGAGCACUCCACUGCUGAGAAAGCAGUGGAUCCCAAAACGCGUUUACUUCUGUACAAGAUGGUUAAUGCUGGGAUGCUGGAGACCAUCACAGGCUGCAUCAGCACGGGAAAAGAAUCUGUUGUUUUUCAUGCCUAUGGAGGAAAAUGUGCAACUGAAGAUAAAGUUAUUCCUCCAGAAUGUGCCAUCAAAGUGUUUAAAACGACUCUUAAUGAAUUCAAGAACCGUGACAAAUACAUCAAGGAUGACUACAGGUUUAAAGACCGCUUCAGCAAGCUGAAUCCACGCAAGAUUAUUCGUAUGUGGGCUGAGAAAGAAAUGCAUAACUUAACAAGAAUGCAAAAUGCAGGAAUUCCUUGUCCUGAAGUGGUUAUCCUUAAGAAACACGUCUUGGUUAUGUCUUUCAUUGGUCAGGAUCAAGUCCCAGCUCCUAAACUAAAGGAUGUAACACUUAGUAGUGAAGAUAUGAAAAAGGCCUACUAUCAGAUUCUUAAUAUGAUGCAGCAGUUGUAUAAGGAGUGUAACCUGGUCCAUGCAGAUCUGAGUGAAUACAACAUGCUUUGGCACGAUGGGAAGGUCUGGCUUAUUGAUGUCAGUCAGUCUGUGGAGCCAACCCAUCCUCAUGGACUUGAGUUUUUGUUCAGAGACUGUAGGAAUGUGUCACAGUUCUUCCAGAAAGGAGGUGUGGCAGAAGCACUUAAUGAGCGUGAACUCUUCAACGCUGUCUCAGGUUUAAAUAUUACAGCUGACAAUGAAGUGGACUUCCAAGAAGAGAUUGAAGCUUUGGAGAAGAUGAAUGAAGAUCACGUGCAGAAUCAUGGCAAGAAACUGUCAACGUUUUCAAGUGAUGGAGACCCACCUAUAUAUGAUGAAUAGCACUGAAUAUAUAGCUGCUAACAAAAUGAAACACAAAUUUACUGCUUCUAACUAUGUUGGUGCAGUAGUAAAUGUCAACUACCCAUGUCAAGGGAGAGUGGUUGGCUGGGAAUACCAAAAUGGAAAACACAGCGAGUGUACCAUGAUGCCCCAGUGGUUUGCUUUUUUUAAAAACUUGUCCCACACAUCAGGCUGUCACUGUGAGAAUGAACUGUCA